AUGCCUUCCAUCCAAGGCUCCACAGUUCUCAUCUUCGGGGGCUCUUCCGGAAUUGGCUAUGGCGUUGCUGCCAAAUGUCUCACUGAGGGAGCCAAAGUCCAUAUCGUGUCCUCCAACGCAAAACGUAUUGCCGAGAGCAUUGCGGCUUUGAAAGGGGAAAGCCCUGGCGUUGAAGUUCAAGGGCACGUCCUGGAUCUUUCUACAAAGGAUGUUGAGAGAGGCUUAGAGCAGGUCCUUUCCGCAGUUGGCCAAAUUGAUCACAUCGUCUUCACUGCCGGUGAUAGUCUAGCAAUUCAACCUUUGCACAGUAUUGACCUUGAAGCCAUCCAGCGUGCAGGCCAUAUUCGAUUUGCAGUUCCGGUCUUGCUUGCUAAGCUUGCCCCUCGAUUCUUGAAGUCCAGCUACAAGUCGUCUCUCACCUUGACUACAGGGGCAGGUUCUCAGAAGCCAAGCCCUGGGUUUUCAUUGAUGGCCGGGUACCUCGCUGGUCUUCAUGGGCUGACCCGAAACCUCGCGCUGGACCUGAAGCCUCUCCGGGUAAAUCUUGUCAGCCCUGGCGUUGUUGAAACCCCGCUCUGGGGUGCAGAUGGAGUACCUGAGAUGUUUAAGAGUGGUACGACUUUGGGCAAAGUCGGUGUGCCCGACGAAGUCGCCGAGGCUUAUGUCUACUUGAUGAAGGAUACAAAUGCCACCGGCAGCUGUGUCAGCACCAACUCUGGCUCACUUUUAAUGUAA